CCACCCCCCCCGUUCCCAGCCAGACCAUGUCCUCCUAUACACACUCAUCAUGUUUAAGAACUGUCGGAUUAGGUUGGAUUAAAGUGGACAGGCUUUAAUGGUUAUGUAAAAAAUCCAGCAACCGCGUAAUUUACCCGGCUUACAACGGGCGCUCCAUGGGCGGAGUUUGGUUCUGGAGUGGAGUGAGAGAGAAAGAGGGAAGGGAGGGAGGGAUGGAGUGCGAAUGAUGAUCUGUAUGUGCUCCCUGCGGUGUAAAGGAGAGAUGAGAGGCGGCUUUAGGGAUGGAUUGGAGGUGGAGCCAACUGGAGAGAAAAAGCAAGAUUUUGCCCAGCCCUGGUCAGCACGCAUCGCUUAGAGCACCAGUGUGUGUCUACCGCUAGUUUCUGUUUUGGAUUUGCUCUCUCUCUCCUGCCUCAAAAUGCCCGACUACCCUGCUUUGCCUCUUGCUGUAGCUGGACCUACGCAGCCCAAUCUUAAGGACAUCUGAUGGGAUCUGUAGUCUUUAAAUAGUCUUUUUCCAACGUUGUUCUCUGGUCGUGUGCCUCAGUUUCGGCUCCGGUGUCUUCUUAUUCUUCGCUAACCAGGUGCCUGGAUAACCCCCCCCCACGCCCGCUCAACUCUCUCCUCAUCGCCACUUCUUCUUUCUGGGUCUUUUGGUCCCACAGUCAGACACAGAAGCUGUAGUCUCUUGCCAGACGCUCCUCUUGUGCGUCUCGUGUCGAGGCGGCGUGCGCAUGCCCGCACGGCGGCGCCGGUGACAUGAUGUUCUGCACCACCUUCCUGUCCGCCCCCUCAGAGGAGCUGGUGGGCGACGGCGGGGGCGACGGCGGGGGAGGGGCGACCCCCGGGGGCUGCCUCUCCACCCUCCACUGCCUGGUCCUCCCCCAGGAGGAGCUGUACGCCCCCCUACCCUCCUCCCCUGGCUCCUCCGCCUCCCGUUUCUCCCUGUGCCAUGGCCGGCGGGCCUGCGGCAUGGUGGGCAAGAUGCUGCUGGACGUCAACAUGGUGGCGUGCGGCGGGCGGGCGGUGGGGGAGCGGGGCCAGAGGCGCCGAAGCUGCUCGGCCUCGCCCCCGCCCAGGAAGAGCCCUAGUAGGGACACUCACAAAGGUCCUGCCCUCCCCAUGGCGACCGUGGACAUCAAGAACCCAGAGAUCAACAACGCGCCACGCUUCCACAACAACGCCCAGGUCAACAACAUCAUGCACUCGUCCUUCGCCAAGAAGGAGAAGAAGGUGAAGGGCAAGAAGAAGAGAUUGACCAAGGCUGACAUCGGCACGCCCAGCAACUUCCAGCACAUUGGACAUGUAGGCUGGGACCCCAACACAGGCUUUGAUUUGAACAACCUGGACCCAGAGCUGAAGAACCUGUUUGACAUGUGUGGCAUCUCGGAGGCCCAGCUGAAGGACAAGGAGACCUCCAAGGUCAUCUAUGACUUCAUUGAGAAGAAGGGGGGAGUGGAGGCCGUCAAGAACGAACUCCGGAGACAAGCCCCCCCACCCCCACCCUCCAGAGGUGGUCCUCCGCCCCCGCCCCCCCACCACGGCUCAGCCCCCCCUCCGCCUCCCCCUGCCAGGGGCAGAGGGGCUCCUCCGCCCCCUCCCCCGACUCGGGCCCCGACCUCCGCCCCCCCACCACCUCCGCCCUCCCGGCCGGGCAUGGGUGCCCUGCCUCCGCCGCCUCCCCCCAGCCGGGGGCCCCUCCCCCCUCCACCGCAACCCUCCCACGACAGCAUCGCCCCCCAGGCACCACCUCCCCCGCCCCCGCCCCCCUCCUCCGCCCCAGCAGGCAUGGGCUCUGGAGCUCCUCCGCCGCCGCCUCCCCCUCCGCCCCCGGGCCCCCCACCCCCGGGGCCCCCACCACUGCCGGAGGCUAACGGAGGAGACGGGGGUGUGCCCUCGCCCCUGGGCGUGGGUAAGAAUGCCCUGCUGAGCCAGAUCCGGGAGGGAGCCAACCUGAAGAAGGUGGAGCAGAAGGAGCGUCCCGUCUCCACCAACACCGGCAGAGAUGCCCUGCUGGACCAGAUCAGACAGGGCACCAAACUGAAAAACGUGCCAGACACUGCCGAUUCGGGCCCCCCCACCCCAGCCCCAUCGGCCGGCAUUGUAGGGGCUCUUAUGGAGGUGAUGCAGAAGAGGAGCAAAGCCAUCCACUCCUCAGAUGACGACGAGGAUGAUGAUGAAGAUGAGGACUUUGAGGAUGAUGAUGAGUGGGAGGACUAGCUUAACGCUCCCCCCCCCCUCCCGUGGAAGAUUACCACACAAUAUUGUUUCUUGUCUUUCUGAAUCUUAUUAAAAUUCUAAUGUAAAUGUUCUAUCGAUUUGUUGUAUAUUUUUGUUGCCUUUAAGCUUCUUUUUUUUUUUUUUUUAUCUGUGCAAUACCUCAUGUAAUCUGUAAAGGUUUGUCAUGUAUCUUUUUGUAAAGUAUUCGCUCUCUCCCUCCCUGAUGAACAUGUGCAAUUUUACAUCGAGUUUGUCUCGACACAUGGAGUUGAAUGUUUCUUUUUGUGUGCUUUUGUCAGCAAUUGGUAUGGAGAGAGAUCUAUUGAACAAAUUGACAGAAACCCAUAAAUGUAAUUCAUUGUCAGUACAAAUCGAGAACACUAUUUUAAUACCCUGCCCCUAAUAACUUUUAUUUUUGUGUACUCAAAGAAUCCUAAUUUAGCUCUCCUAUUUUCCUAAAGAAUCCCCUCUCUUUUGGAAAUAUUUAUCCCCAUCUGCUGUCUAUUGUAAAUUUGUCUCAGAGUUUUUUUUUGAGCCUGUUAUAUUUUUGCACGAAUCGAGAGGAAGGGAAGGGGGGCUCACUACUUGAGUACAGGAGUCAACUUCCUGUCUUCAUCUGAACCUGCUGGGUUACGAUUUAAAGGCUAUGAUGUAAAGUACAGUUCAACAUCCAGCACUCUACACUACACUUUGACCAAGACUAUACACACACAUAUACUGUAUACACACAAAAGACCCGCAACAUGGUUUGUUUUAUGGAGCUCAAAAGGUUCUCACUACAACAUCCACCGUUCAGUUUUUAUCUUUCUUUGUAUUCUUUAGUUUUGUCUGUCUCUUUACAGUAGUAUUCAGACGUAAUUGUUUGAAUCAGGUGAGCGUUCGUACAGUAUAAAAUGCUUGAGAGUAAAAGAAACACUUUUUUGAAUUCUACAAAGCUGCUGUUUACCACUGUGUAAAUUGGGGUUGUGAUACUAAAACAUGCCGUGGGAGGAAUCGCAGAAUGACACAAGACUCAAGCCCCCUUGACACUAACCCAUCCCCCAAGCAGAGUAAUACUGCAUAUUUUAACAGGCAGCCGCGUCUACGGCAGCGCUGACUGACUGUCUCGAACCGGCUGUUAUCACCUGUUUAUCUCUUCCCCAUUCAGCAGUUAGUGACUGUACUCAGUCAAUAGGCCACGGACAUCAAAACCCGUGAGAUUAGGUUGGAAAAAUAACGGAUUAUUAAAUUGUACACUAUAAUAAAUGUUAAUAUUUCCAUA